UGCUAUCGCGGCGUCAAACUCUUGCAGAGGCCGCGCCGACCCCCAUUCGGGCCGUGCAAGUCUCACCGAUUGUGGGUAGUCGGCGAGCUCUCACAGCCUCCAUCCCACAGCAAUUUUCUUUGAUUCAACCGCAUUAGGCGGUAAGUGACCACUCGGCGCCUAGACGCUGCUUCUUUAGUCGGCGGCUCCUUCACAGCGCCCAAGGUCGCAGCCAUGUCGCUCAGCAUGCGGAGCUCCAUUGUGGGCCAGUCUCUGGCCUUCAAGCCUGCCACCGCGCAGGUUCGCGUUGCGCGCGUGCUCACCGUGGACGCCAAGAAGGUCUGCGACCUGACUGGCAAGAAGCGCAACAAGGCCAACUCGGUCUGCUUCUCUAACAAGAAGAGCCGCAAGUGGCAGGAGCCCAACCUGCAGAACAAGAAGGUGUUCUGGGAGGAGGGCCAGCGCUGGGUGAAGCUCCGCAUUUGCACCAAGGCUAUCAAGACCCUGGAGAACAAGGGCAUCGCUACGAUGGCUGCUGAGGCCGGUAUCGAUCUGUGGAAGCUGCCUUUCGAGGACGCUCGCCCCCAGCGCAAGGCUUACCUGGCGGAGAACGCUGGCAAGGUGCCCGUGGGCUCCAACCCCCGCGCGAUGAAGAACGCGGAGAAGCUGGCUUCCUCCAAGAAGCAGCCCAAGUACCCCGUGUACGAGGAGGGUGGCCGCAUCGUGUUCAUCCGCCCCGGCAUGGAGGACCUGAUCUUCGGCAAGAAGGAGCAGCAGGCUGCCCCUGAGGACCAGGAGCUGAAGAUCACCCUGUCGGAGUAAGCAGCUGGCUGCAGCAACAGCAGCACCAGGCCACGUGGUGCCUGGUGACAGCGUGGGCUGGCUCUGGCGCUGAAGCGGGCCGCUGUCAGGCGAGAGGGCCGCGGCAGCACACGCAGCAGCGGCGCCGGCAGCUGGACGGCGGUAGAAGUCACAGGGGAGAGGACGAUUCAGCAGCGCCGUCGCGGCGUAUGUGGUGACGGAGGCGGCGGCCUCACGCGGGAAUGGCCGCGGUGCGCGCUCGCCGCGGCCUUUCGGGGCGGAGGCAGGCGUAUCGCGGGCUAUUGGAAAUGGUGGAGCAGUUGGCAGGAAAAGGUUAGAAAAUGUGGUUGUGGUCGGGGCUGGCGGCCCCAGCGGCAACAGACGGCGCAGCAGCGGACGGAACCUGUCGGCGGUCUCACAGAGCAGUGUGCGCGUGGGGCUCCGCGGGCGUCUACGGCAGCCGCCAUCCACGGCCUCGUGGCGCAGCGGGUCGAGGAGCAGCCCCGUUUCCCAUGGGCGCCGUGCCGCCUCGUGCGGCACGGGAUUGCUCUUCAGCCAACAGCGCGCUGGUGGAGUCGUGGAGGGGCCGCUCCGCGUGUGGGGCCGUGACGGCCAUGCAGCCGCCGCCGGCGUGCAUCUGGCAGUUUUCCUGGCCCUUUCUCAGAGGGCUGGUGCACCCGGCAUGCGAGGCGCGUGGGCGUGGCGGCGCGGGCGCGGGCGAUGCAACAGCGGGUUGUUGGGGAGAGCCAACAAACGCUCUCGCGGCCGCAUUCGUGUAGUUGCUGUGGUUCACGUGUGUCUAGCAAGGACCAUACCUGACGAUUCUGUCUGUGGCAUGCAGCUGGGGGCAGUGGGAUUCAACGAAGAACGUGAGCAGGUGUGGGUAUUGGCCACCAAGCCCCUCUGCGCGUUGUUUCCAAUUGCACAGUUAGGUUUGUCUUUUGAGUCUUGGUUACAGCAUUUGCGCAAAGGAUUAGCAGUGCGACCUUGGUUAGGCUAUGGCAGGCGGCACGCAGCCUGUUAAAUGAGGAUGCUGAGCUCGGAGGGGGCAGGAGCGCGCGUGGGAACGGCCAACACAAAAUGCGUGUAACAGCGCUCCAAG